UGCUUCCUUCCUCUCGCUGUUUUUAUGCCUCAAAAACAGCCCAAACCGUGAACUCGCCACUUGCAACCUCUCGCUUCCGCUCCAACCAAACUUUUCCGCCGAAUCACAACACUCGUUCCUCCGCAGGCCGUCAUCUUGCGUCGGCUCCUUUACGUCUGACGUCACAGCGUCAGCUGGCCGAAUGUUUACAUUCAGCAGUGGCGUGUUUCGGUCAGGAUCCCCACAACAACAGAAGGCAGAUCGCGAGGGACCCCGCUGAGACGUUUUCACCAGUGAACAUGGGGGGAGCUGUGAGUGCCGGUGAGGACAAUGACGACUUGAUUGACAACCUGAAGGAGGCAUACUACAUCCGCUCGGACCUUGUGGAGCGGGCCUUUCGAGCUAUCGACCGGGCUGACUAUUACCUGGAAGAGUACCGGGAUAAUGCCUACAAGGACUUGGCAUGGCGGCAUGGAAAGAUCCACCUGUCUGCCCCGUGUAUCUACUCAGAGGUGAUGGAGGCGUUGGAUCUCCACCCGGGCCUCUCCUUCCUCAACCUGGGCAGUGGCACCGGCUACCUCAGCACCCUGGUCGGCCUCAUACUGGGGCCCUUUGGAGUGAAUCACGGAAUAGAGUUGCAUGCAGAUGUGAUUGAUUAUGCUUACCAGAAGCUCGACUCCUUCAUCAAAACCAGCGACAGCUUUGACAAGUUUGAAUUCUGUGAGCCGUCCUUUGCUGCGGGGAAUUGCCUGGAGAUUCCUUCUUCAGAGAGCCGUCAGUAUGACCGCGUGUACUGCGGCGCCGGGGUUCAGAAGGAGCAUGAGGACUACAUGAAGAACCUGCUCAAGUUGGGGGGUGUUCUGGUGAUGCCUCUCGAGGAGAAGUUGACCAAAAUCACUCGAACAGGGCCAAACAGCUGGGAGACCAAAAAGAUCAUUUCUGUGUCCUUCGCCCCUCUGAUACUCCCGAAGCACGGCACGAGUCGCAAACCCAAGACUGUCCCACUACCUAAGUACGAGGUGCGGACACUACAGGAGCUCACGCGUAUCUGCAUCCGCCACAGCCUCCGAGUGACCACGGGCGGAGCCGACAGCCAGUCCCGCGGCCGCGGCUCCUCCUUCAGCGUGGGCAGGGGUCUGGCUGUGGCCAGGCUCCAUAAGUACGGCCCUCGCUUUAAACGCAGGCGCGUCCACCGCCGCCACUGCAACGGCCUCGUCCUGGCUACGCGUCAGGUUGUUGCUAGCAGCGGCAUUGGCCCCGCCCCUCUGGACGGCAACGACAGCCAGGGAGGCAGGGCGGAGGAAGAGGAGGAAGCCGGUGAGAGGGAUGCGAGGUGGCAGAUCCGGGGGAGCAGUAGGGCAGGGAGGGGAGUGGUAAGGGUGGUGGAAGAGGAGGAGAUGGUUGAGGAAGAAGAAGAGGAGGAGGAGGAGGAGCAGCAGCAGGAGGAGGAGGAGGAGGAGGAGGAAGGGCGGGAAGAGGAGGAGGAGGAGGAGAAAGAGACCGGGGAGCUUCGCCGACCCCAGCCGCCCGUGAACGUCCUCAGAGAGAGGAUCCUGGGCCUGCCGCUGCCCGAGCCUCUGAAGAUGUACCUACUGUUCUACAGAGAGAAAUGAGCCUGCUGAGGCCAGAGCCUGGUCCUCGGUCCCCAGGGCCCCCUGGGGCCCCAGGGGCCUAAGUCUCCCUUGCAACCCCACCACCACCUGUACGAGGCAAGACAACAUAACACCUACCUUACCUCGCCUCACCUGCAUCAUCAGCUCUCCCUGGCAAUCCUUCGCUCAGCCCUGUGUCCACGGUUCUUUGCUCAAUCAUUUCUAGACUUGAUGAAGAGAGUCCGCUCAAUAGUUCCAGUGAAGGGGGGGGGGGGGGGGGGCAGGCAGGAGGCAGUUAUUUAAACAGCUAAACAGUCACCGAUGUAAAAUGUGUGUCUCCAUUGAGGUGCAAAAUAAAUGGAUACCAAUACAUGACACAGAUGAUCCGUUCUGUCUAACAUGCCGAUCAAGCCGUGUCCAGCAGCAGCUUAGCAGUGACCUGAGUAUCCAUGAGUACCAUCACAGUUCAGACAGUGGAGCAUCCAGCACACAGAGAAGCUUAGCCAUAGACCAGAAGGUAGAGGACAGCUCCUGCUCUUUUCUAUCCUCCAAUUACAGCUGUACCCGAAGUUCCAUAUGAUGCAUUGAAUGUAUUAGGGCUGCGUGUGGUGGGUGUGAGCAUCUAAUGGGAGCACUACAGGGGACGACAUGGAGUGGGCUCAGAGCAGAAGAAAAUGUCUCACUAUCACUAUAUCGUAUUCAGUGAUAUUGCAGCUUGUGACCAAGAUGGUGUGGCAGUUGGCUUUAUUGCCACUUGUUUCAAAAUGAAAGGGGAACUUUGUUCAUGAGCCUUCAGUCCAAUAAACAAUCCAUUUGUCCACAGCAUAUGCUUGCUCAUCGUUUCCAGCAAUGUUUUAGGAGAAUUCUCCCCCCUUUAUAUGCAUAUAUUGACCUGUAUGAGUAAAAGUCUACUUUGGUUCCUGAUGUCU